UAGGACACGAUCACCUCACAAGUAGAGGGAGUCGAACCGUUGACUGGUCGAACUGAACCAAACUGGAUAAAUAAUUAUUUUCUUGUUAUUGCAUUUGUUAACCUAUAAGAAAAACUUCCAAAAUUUUGGAAUAAUUUAAUCGCGGGAAAAAUAUUUGGGAAUAUAUUCAUGCAUCUGAAUGGCAAGCUUCUGAUUAGCCAUCACAGUACGAAACUACGAUUGUAGUUCUAGCUUAAUACAAGGCAUAUGGCAGUAGGCGGCAGAUGAUCGCAGAGAAAUAUUUAGUAAAAUGUUGGCUGGUUCCUGACGUGAUUGGCGCUGCCUGAUUCGUUAAGCAAUCGGGAAGGUUGCUGAAGAAAGGUUUUUCAAAAUUUGAAAAAGAAAAGGAUAAAAAAUGCCAGGCUGCGCUGCGAUCGGGUGCAACAAUCGCAGUGAAAAGGGUUACAACAUGAAAUGUUUCCCUCGUGACCCAAAAUUGAGAAAAGAGUGGCAGGAAAGAGUGGGUAGAGCAAACUGGGCACCGUCAAAAAAUUCUUUCCUCUGUCAUGCUCACUUCGAGGCUGACCAGUGGGUGCAGACGAAGAAAGGAAAGCUUAGACUUAAGAGAGACGCUGUACCAUCCAUAUUUACGGAGACGUCAAAGAGGAAGUCUCCCAACAAGAGACGUCUUCAAAACGAGCAGCAAGACAUUGAUGAUUGGUCACUCAGUAAUUCGAAGAAAAUGCGAACACUAGAAGACUAUAAUUACACUUUGGAAUUCCUUGACGAUGAUGAAUACGAGAUAGCUUGCGACAUGAAAGGAAAUAAGACAAGUAUAGUUGCACAGGGUGAUGGUAUGACGUGCAAAUCCAUAGCACUGGGUAAUGAGAUUGAGCAAGAUAUCGCAGAUGGUGAAGAAAACAAUCAUGAUCUUGCGUAUCGUAUUGUUACAGAAAAAGAGAUCCCGGGAUUGAAAAAACAGAACAUGAUAAUAGUGUCUGAUGAGAACAAUAGGGAGAUAGGCAAGCUUGUUAACAACAAUGAGAAUGUCAUAAUCGUCGCUGAUGAAAAUAACAAAGAGAUUGGUCAUAUCAUAGUUGAUAACACCUUGUUUAUUCAAGAGAACCCGGACGCCGGAAAACAGUCGCGAGUAAGCACCGAAAAUAAGCAGCAGAUUCAGAACAGCUACGACGAUAUUGAAGAAAGGUUGAAGCAAAUUUGUAAUGGCGAAGAUGCAACCGAUGAUCCAAAAUCACCGAAAGAUCAGCGAGUUGCUAGUAUCUCAGUUCGUAAAGACAUUGUUUGUACAAAAAACUCGACAGUUUCGAAAAGCAAGGAUGCUUUAUCAGAUGAUAUUAUGAGGCACACGGAUAAAGAAAUCCCAAGAAACGUACAGAUAAUAUUCGGCACGGAAAGUGGAGAUGAAAAUAAAAACACAAGCAGCAAUGCGAAUACACAACUCUGUGUAUUGGGAGAAAAAAGGGAAAUGCAGAAUACGAAUCAAGGGGAAGAUUGUCCUUUAAAAAGGCAGAGUUUGACUAGUAAAUCUAUAGCCCUAAAUGAUGGUAAUGUAAUUAAUGUCUCUAAAGGGAAGCAGAGUGAUUCGACGGACUUGAAAGCUGCAUUGAAACGAAGAAAAACCAGAGAAGAAGUGAUGAAAUCCAUUGAGAAAACUAUUGCAGAUUUGUCGCAAAGAACGUUAAGCGCAGUUAAAUGUGAUCAACUGACACGCUCAAUUCUAAGGGUUGCUAGGGCAAAAAAAAGAGGAGGUAGGGAAGACAGAAAUAUCGUUACUACCAGUCACAAGAAACCCUCAGAUGUGAUUAAUGGCAAAUUUGAACUUAAUAACGGCGAAGGUUCUUUAACAAACCCAAACUUUACCAUCAGAGUAACAGGGGUUGCCGAUGAUGUUGGCGAAAUUAUUGCAGGCUUGGAAGCCACCUCAGGCCAUAGAAUAUCUGACAAACAUAACGAUGUUGGUUGGAAGUUGUCAAGAAAUGUGAAAAAUGUUUCGUCGGCAAAGUAUUUAUUAACUGGAGAAGCAAACAAAAGAGAUUCGUUAAAAAAUGGUAAAAAUCCAGAUGGGUUAAUUCAUUUAAGGUCUGACGAAGAACACUUUGAUGAUUCUGAUAGUAUGGACAUUGAAAAAGGGUUUGUAGUUGAGAGAGAUUAUGAAACGAACAAUGACACAAAUCUAUUCGACACUGCGCAAAUAAAUUCAAGUACCGAACGAUCGCAUGGGCGAAAAGGGGAAUUUCUUCAUAUAGAAUUGGACGGAAAUGUACAGAGGAAAAAAGCGAUUGAUAACGAUGGAAGUGUCAGAAUCAAGGUUGAAGAAAAUGUUAGUUCAGAUUAUGAAAAUGUGCGGUCUGUGCAACAAAAGUAUUCAAAUAAACCUACUGAUCUAUCCAAAGAGCUGCGGCAAAAGUUGAAUGCACAACAAGAAGUAAUAAAGAAAUUAACAAACCAGUUAAUCAUUUACAAAGAACUGGAAACUAAAUUAGUGAAUCUAAAAUUGGAACUACAAGUAAAAAACAAACAGAUACAGAUAUUUAAAGAAAAGCUUAGUAAAAAGCCACAAUCGCCUGAGGUAAACUGCAAAAAUGAGUCUGAAAUGAAACAGCAGGCAAUUUAUAAACUUAGCAAUAAAGUUAAUCAGCUGGAAGAAGCUAACAAAAAACUAAGAAAACAGGUCAGCACCGACGCACAAGAUAAAAAAUUUCUUCAGAGUCUGAAACAAAAGGAUGAACAAAUUAAAGUGUUGAACUGGAAGCUUGAGAAAGCGUCAAAGUUCUUAGAGAGAGCAGAGAAAAAUGCUAAUACGUGCAAAAAAAAAAUGUUGAGUAUGCAGGCAUCGAUCAAACGGCACAGGGCUACAGUGGACAAGCAAAGCAAAUUUAAAAACCUGUUUAUCGAUAAUGCAACGCAUGAAUUUUCCGAGACCGCACUGCUUACAGCCAUCGAUAUUAGAAACAGCUGCGGACUGAAGUGUUAUGAAAAGUUAUUGAGUUACAAAUUUCCAUUACCAUCUUUGAGGACACUGCGCAGACAUCUUAUGAAAGAAAAUAGUACCGAUCGCAAUUGGGGAGACAAUGAUCAGGAACUGAUAUUUAACAGGUAUGAAGAGCAGGGAAUAGGCAAUGAGGCUGUCGAAAGUGAAGUCACUGGUACUGUCCAAGAUAUUUUCGAAGAGAGCAAUGAUCUUGAUGAUUUGAAUUCCAACGAAUUGGGAGAGCACAUUUUAUCUCAGCUAGGCGUGGAGAGAAUGAUGUAGACAUCAAUCGAUUGUCAUGUAUGCAAAAUGUUGCUGUGCGUUUCAAUGCCAUUAGAAAUUCAAAUUUUGUGCAAUAGUUACCAUCUAAUGGCACAAGCCUUAUUGUUUGUUUUCUUAGCAAUAAAACGGCUUUAUUCUGAU